UCGAGGUGGUGAGGUGGUGGCCGUGGGGGUGAGGGGGUAGAGGGCGACAGGGUGGCAGGCGCUGUACCAGCUGAGCGGGAGCAUGGAGGCUGAGGCCGCCCCCAGAGCCACAGAGACUUACCCGGUGGAUAUCCUGGAGGAUGACCCCGAGGGCCAUCAGUCAGCAGUACAGGUUUACUAUGAGUUGCUCAGGGAAGGAGGAUCAGCUGAGGUUUUCUCCCUUGCCACUGGGGAGCAGGUCAGACUUGAAACUCCGUUCCUUCAUUAUUGCACUAUGUACCGUGACGAACCUCGACAUAAAAUACUGGUUUUGGUUAAUCCCCAGGACACAAAGACAGUUGUGGCUGUCUACCUAAAGGAGUCCUGGUGGUCCGUCGAAGAUGUCCUAAGAACUUCUGAUCCCACCAGGGAAGGGCUCAUGAAGGUUCAGUCCUUCGGGGAAAGGAUUGUCCUUUAUGUUCUCAACACCAUCGUUUUUGGAAGACUGGAGAGAGAUCUGGAUGACGAUGACAUGUUUUUCUUACCUCACCCGGCGAAGGAGCAAGCUAAGAUCCUGUGGAGGGAUGGAGCGGCAGUUGGAUUUUAUUCAAUCAAAAUGAAAGGUGAGGGUGAGGGAUGCAUGGUCUCUGAGGUGCAGGGUGGGGUGGGGCGCCUUGGAUGUCUGUCCGUCUCUGCAGACCCCCUCAGCAUGAGCAUUCUGUGGACUCGUGUGGAUCAGGUAGCACAGUUAAUUAAACUUUUGUACCGAGACUCAGGUAGUAACUUAGGCUGGUCUGGAACUUGCUGUGCUGCUGGAGAGGACCUUGAACUUCUGGUCCUUUUGCCUCCUCCUCUUGGAUGCCGGGAUUCCAAGGGUGUACCACCACACAUGGUUUAUGUGAUGCUGGGGACGGAAGCCAGAGCAUUGUGCAUGCUGAGCGGUCUCCUAGCUGGACCACCUGCCACUUUGUGUCCCUUGACACCUUGCAGCUGUCCGAGGGGUGUGUGUGGGGGUGCGCUAUACCCAAAGUGGGGGGCAAGAGGAUGGAGUGGAGCCUUGGCCUCAGUGCUGGGAGGGGUCCUGAGUGUUGGAGCUAGUUCCAUUGCUUACUCCUUCUCUUGUUUAGGGAGCACAGUGCACCCCCAAGGUUCCGAAGAGGACACAGACACUCCCAGGCAGACUUCCCGGGGUGAUGGACCCACACCGGUCCAUCACGGAGAAAGCCCUAAGGAGUGGGUCACCGCAGAACAGGAGACACGGGAUGACCAAGAAUGUGUCACAGGAGAGGAGGAAGCUGGGAUGCCCCUGAGACCCUCCUGGGAUGAGGCAGAGGAGAAGGGAGUCAAGAGGACCAUGGCAGCCGCUGGGCUGGUUGGUGAGCCAUGGCGGAAGCGUGUGCGGCAAGCUACUAGCUCCUCAGAGGUUCAUCUGGCUUCACCAGGAUCUGAGCCUGAGGGUUUGCUGUGGCCCUGAGCAAUCUCUGGUGCUGGAGAUGGUGUCCACAGGUCCUGACUGUCUCUGCUCCCCUUACAGGCUUUGGGAUAAGGGGGUCUUGAAGAAGUGCUUGGGUAAGCCAAAUACGCUCUGGGAGCUGUAGCUAGAGUUUUCCUGCCUUGCCCACAGUCAGGACAAAUCUCUGUCACCCGCCAGUCCCACAGCCGCUCAG